AGUGCAAAGCCAAUAAGAAGUAAUCAGAUGACACCUUCUUAUCAGAUAUCAACUUCUUUAAAUAUACCACGUAUAAUCAAGUAUAUCUCUUUGUAGGUCUUCUUUGAAAGGAAUACCCUUUAGAAAUGGAAGCAAUAUAAUACGAGCUUUGAUUUUCCCACCCCUAUUUAAUGCAACUUACUUUUUGAUACACACGCGCUUUUUUAAAACGCGUUUCACUUGAUUCGUGUGCAUUUUUUUUCUUUUUUAACAUUUGAAAAUAUGAGCCACUGUCACGAUGAACACUGCGACCAUACUCACGACGACCUACCUGAGUCUGGAGAGCAGUUUUUAUUAUAUUCAAAGAUAGAUAUUGAUAACGUGCGAUGUCUAAACGAAGCAGAACCGGAUAGUGGUAAGAAAGUGAUCCGACCCUGGCACGAAAGACUCGACGACCAAAAGUUCCUUGAAAGUGAUGCCGACGAGCAGCUGAUUGUUUAUGUUCCGUUUACAGGCAUGGUCAAGUUACGCUCUAUUUGCCUUCGCACAGAUAGAACAGAUGCUGCUCCAUCCAAAAUGAAAAUUUUUAUUAAUCGCGAUGAUAUCGAUUUUGAUGCAGCAGAAAGUUAUACACCAACACAAGAAUUCGAACUGGUUGAAGGAUCCAAUGAUGUGAUUGAAUAUGGUGUCAAAGUAACCAAGUUCUCGAGUGUAAGAGACAUUACUCUCUUCUUCCCCGAGAAUUCUGGAGGAGACACUAGUAUCGUGCGAUAUAUUGGAUUUAAGGGAGAAUGGUCCGAAGUAAAGCGAGAUCCCAUUAUUACAAUUUAUGAAGCAAGUGCUAAUCCUGCAGACCAUAAGAUUCCAGGUGCAAUGGACACAAUGGGACAUUCUAUUCAAUAAAUAUGUUUGCUUUAUAUAAGAUCACAUUUA